AUGUUUAUUGUUUCAGCUGGUCAACGACUUCUUCAAGUGACUGCCAAACACAAUAUCAACACUAUAUUAGCCGAUCGACUUGAGUUGCUCAAAGAUUUUGACAUAGUCGUUGUCUGUGCUGAUUCAGCAUCUAUGAACACACGACUCGAUGACAUGAAGUAUAGUCGCUGGGAUGAACUGCGUUUGAUCGUGGAGGUUAUCAUCGAAAUUGGCAGCAUUUUUAAUUCGAGUGGGAUUGAUGUGUAUUUCCUUAAUCGACCACCAUUACUUAAUGUUUCUGAUCUCGGAUAUAUAGAUCAGGCAUUUACUUUCGAGCCACAUGGCUAUACACCGCUUGUUUCUGUUCUGAGAAAGAUCUUUAAUUCAUAUAAUGAUGAACGAGACAAUGAUAAAAGAAUACUUGUUUUAGUGGCAACAGAUGGAGAACCAUCCAAUAGUGAAGGUGAUAGUGAUGUAGCUACUCUGAAAUAUGUUAUGCAGCAGGAACGUGAAUCAGAUAGAAUUCAUGUGACAUUUCUUGCCUGUACGGACAAUGAAUCGAAUGUUAUUUACUUGGACGAAUGGGACAAUAUCAUGACCAAUGUCAAUGUUACUGAUGAUUAUCGAACAGAAAGAGAUUUUGUGCAUAGAAAUCAUGGGUCACAUUAUCCAUUUUCGUUUGGUGAUUACAUUGCUAAGGCUUUGCUCAACGCCAUUGAUCCAAAAAUCGACGUGUUCAAAGAUCCCGAAACUCGAAACAAUAUCAGUGCAAACAAGGAUACCUUAGAGACUUCAUAA